UCGCCGGAAGUCAAGCGCUAGCUCUAAAAUCACGCAUGCGCACUUGGUACACGUGGCAUUUCCUGUGGAGUAUCGCUUCGCCCGUAACGGAAACACGUCCCGUGGCAGCGGGUUUCUAAAAACACACCUUAAACUUGUUUCAGUGCCGGACAGUUUCGAGUGUGACACGCAGCGGAAGUGGAGCCAUUGCUGUGUGUCGUGGCUGUGAGCUGAGAGUAUCUUCACCCAACUUUUCUUUAAUACUCACUCAUUCAGGACCAGAGAAAAAACUUCCACCCAUCUGUUGAUACAUUCGAGAAUUCUGACGGCCUGGAUAUGUCCUUCAUAUUUGAUUGGGUUUAUAGUGGUUUCAGUAGCGUUCUACAUUUCCUAAGGCUGUAUAAGAAGUCGGGCAAACUAGUAUUUCUUGGCCUGGACAAUGCUGGCAAGACGACCCUACUCCAUAUGCUUAAAGAUGACAGACUGGGUCAGCACGUGCCAACCUUACACCCAACCUCAGAAGAGCUGACGAUUGCUGGCAUGACCUUCACCACCUUUGACCUGGGUGGCCAUGCUCAAGCUCGACGGGUAUGGAAGAACUACCUCCCAGCCAUUAAUGGCAUCGUCUUCCUUGUUGACUGCAUAGAUCACGGCAGGCUGGCCGAAUCCAAAACAGAACUUGACGCACUCAUGACAGAUGAAACCAUUGGAAAUGUGCCAAUCUUAAUUCUUGGCAACAAGAUUGAUAAACCAGAAGCCAUUAGUGAGGAGAAACUACGUGAGAUCUUUGGACUAUACGGUCAGACAACAGGCAAGGGCAACGUUCCUCUCAAAGAGCUGAACACGAGACCACUGGAGGUGUUCAUGUGCAGCGUGCUGAAGAGACAGGGCUACGGCGAAGGUUUCCGCUGGCUCUCGCAAUACAUUGACUAGAAAACGAGCCAUCGAACAGCGCCACAUACAGCCUGCCUUCACUCUCAGAAAAACUCCAAUGGACUGUUAUUGUUCAUGGGUCCAAGUUGAUCAACCGUUUUCUCGCGUUAUUUCUUAUGAAAGUAACAAACUAUCAGCGAUUCUGAUAAAUCCAAAACAAUGAAAUCUUUGCAUUAACAUCUACUUUCUUUGUAAUUGGUGUUUUUUAUGUCAUUUAUCCAUUUCUGUUCUCACCUCUAGAGCUGUAAAAAAAAUGCAGCUACUGUAAAUGAUGAUGCUACAUGUGUACCGUCAAGUCCAGUUCAGAAAGAUUUAAUAGAAGUGCAUCAAAAUCACAAUAGAAACUUCAAACAGGAAGGAAUAAGUGGCCACAGUCCUCAGGAUGAAGUUCUGACUGUCUGUGCCAAGAGUCUAUCGGUGUGGUCAUCCUGAAUUGCAUAUCUGUUUUUGUUUCUAGAAGUUAAAUGUACUGCCACAUUCCGAUACUCAAAGCCUCUUGAAAUGGAUCGACCAAUCGUUUUCUUUUUAAUUAUGGCUUGGAAUUUAAGAUACACAUGUCAAUAAACAGCAAAGCUAUGGAAGAAUAUCUUUACUGUGACCACAAGUGUCUCAUAGUUGUCUGAGCAAGGGGGCAGCACACCACUUACACAAAUACCUAUAGAUUAUAACAUUUAAGCGCUAACCAAUAAUAACAAUAGCAAGGAGUGGAAAAUCUAGUUGUCUUGAUGAUGUAAGCAGUUCUACUAUAGCUGCCUUGAUCAAGAAUGAGAAUAACCAAUAAAACGGACCGUGUGUAAUUUAUAUAAAUGCCAUACAUGAGUUUAUUUUUAAAGAUGUCCUAUAUGGUUUUUAAUUUCAUUGUGGAUUAAAAUAUUAUGCAUGCCUUGUUUCAUAAUUUGUUUUAUUAGAUUUUUUUAAUACACAACAUGCUAAGUGUAAAAACAUUCAGAACCGGGUGAAAAACAAAGGGUGGAGUUUUGAUCCUUUUCUAUCACGUUGCAGUGGAAUGGCACAUACAUCACAUGCAUUUUAUUUUUCUGUACUUUUCCUCAAUGUUUCAUCUGUCAUUCCAUGAGCUGUUCCAUGCAUUUAUGAGAGAUACCGUUGUUGCAUCAUAAAUUUUAAUAAAUGUUUGCAAUGAAAACAA